CUCGCCUUUCAUGUAAAAAUAAGUAGGCUUUGCAUAGGCAGUAAAGCAAAUGUUAUUUUUUCUUUUGUAUUUUGCCGCAGAUCUCAUUUGUAAGCGAGCAAACCUGGGUAUGAAUCCCAAAUGAAUUCAAACACACACAUGCACACGCACACACACACAGAGGACCGCAGUGCACGCAAACGUAAUUGGCAGAAAAAGAAAGAAGAACGCUUUGUAGGAUAUUUGUGCGUCUUUCACUCGAGUGUAACGUUGGACGGAGCAGCAGACGUCCCUAGAAACAAUAAAAAAGUGGAACCAUGUAAUAUUAAUGGAUCCGGAGUUGUGCGGGUGCCUUGGGUAAACGAAGUCGAUUGACGCGCGCGUUAAACCAGCCGCGUGUGAUUCCCAGCUUCAGUCAUUUUGGCAUCACGAUGAGAGAGAGAGACGGACACAGAACUGUGAAACUGGACCCUCUGCCAGAGAUGUCGACGGAGAGGAAUCCCUGAAACCGCCGCUGCCCAGGAAAUGUGGACAAAUCUUGUUUUGUGGGCUGAUUUUCUGUCGGAUUUCUGCGCGUCGCUACAGAGUGGAGUGGACCAGGAUGCCGUGUGGGCGAUGCUGCCACAAGGGAUGCAUUGUGAUUUCGCAGAGAUGUUUUAGCAACCGUUGCAUAAAUUAAAAUAAGACAACCCGUCACAGGAAGGGAUUGGGAGCCUAAAGGGAUCUAAUAAGACAUCACCACCUGUUACUAGAAAAUCAGCACAGCCACCGAUCAGGGACUGACAGGAGUGAAACCUCACCACACGAUAGCCUCAUUCUGGGACUAAUUCUGCAACACCUACAGCCAGCCAGGAGAGGUGACAGCAUUGCUCUCCUACCACCCAAGUCUUGACAGCCAUGACUCAGGAAGGCCCUCUGCUACGGCUCAGAUCAGGGAUCAACUCGCUGCUCAAUGGCUAGAUCUCAUCACACAAAGAGCUGGGGGCCUUUCUAUUGAGUAUCCCUCACUGCGUAGUAGCACAUGGAUUUCAAGACUUCAAAUGAAGAGACAAAGACUGGGAUUUAUUUGAUGCAAGAAGGUAAUGAGGAGCCAUUUAAUAUUCGACUACACUUGGCCAAAGAUAUUCUGACCAUUCAAGAACAAGAUGUCAUCUGUGUGUCAGGAGAGCCUUUUUAUUCAAGUGAGAGGACUGUAACGAUCAGGAGGCAGACAAUUGGAGGGUUUGGCCUGAGCAUCAAGGGCGGAGCAGAGCAUAAAAUCCCUGUUGUAAUAUCAAAAAUAUCAAAAGAACAAAAAGCUGAACUUUCUGGGCUGCUUUUUAUCGGAGACGGCAUCCUUCAGAUAAAUGGAAUAAACGUUAGAAGUUAUCGCCACGAGGAAGUGGUCCAGGUUUUGAGAAAUGCUGGUGAAGAAGUGACUCUUACAGUCUCCUUCCUAAAGAAGACUCCAGCCUUUUUGAAACUGCCCCUGUGUGAGGACUGCACAUGCAUCCCCAGCGACCAGAGUAGUGGGACAUCCUCUCCUCUGUGUGAUAGCGGCUUGCACUUGAACUACCAUCCUAACAACACGGACACGCUGUCCUGCUCGUCCUGGCCCACGUCCCCGGGGCUUCGCUGGGAGAAGAGAUGGGUAGAUCUGCGCCUUAUUCCACUGCUCCACUCACGCCUGUCGCAGUACAUCCCGGGCUCUGACGUCUGCAGGAAAAAUGCUUUCCAGGUCAUAGCCGUGGAUGGAGUUUGCAGUGGGGUUGUACAGUUUCCCACAGCGGAAGACUGCUUGGAGUGGCUUCAGGCAAUAGCGAACAACAUUUCCAGUCUCACCAAGCACAAUGUGAAGAAGAUUAACCGAAAUUUUCCAGUUAACCAGCAGAUUAUCUACAUGGGCUGGGUUGAUGAGAAAGAGCAGGACUCCGUUCAGGACCGAAUGUAUUCACCAAAGUUCCUCGCUUUGAGGGGUUCCUCCCUCUUCAAGUUUUCAGCACCUCCUGUGACAACAUGGGACUGGACCAGAGCAGAGAAAAGCUUUACUGUGUAUGAGAUAAUGUGCAAGAUUUUAAAGGAUAAUGACCUUCUGGACAAGAGGAAGCAUUGCUUCAGCGUCCAGACGGAGAGCGGGGAGGACAUGUUCUUCAGCGUGGAACUGGAGUGCGAGCUGCUGAUCUGGGAAAAGGCUUUUCAGAUGGCUACUUUCCUGGAGGUGGAGAGGAUACAGUGUAAAACAUAUGCCUGUAUCAUGGAGAGCCACCUUAUGGGACUAACAGUUGACUUCAGCAUGGGCUUUGUGUGCUUUGAUGCAGCUUCAAAGGUAGUACUGUGGAGAUACAAGUUCUCCCAACUAAAAGGAUCAUCUGAUGAUGGAAAAAGCAAGAUCAAGUUCUUGUUCCAAAAUCAGGACUCCAAAUCUAUUGAAGCAAAGGAGCUGGAGUUCUCAAACCUCUUUGCGGUGCUUCACUGUAUUCAUGCUUUUUUUGCUGCCAAAGUUGCUUGCCUGGACCCGAUGUUUGUGGAGAGCCAAGGCAACGCGACUACCACUGGGUUUCCCUCUCUUUCCAGUAUCUCAUGUAAUUCACAGACACCGAAACUCAAAUAUGCCACUUGACAGGCACUGCCCUCCCCAGACCCCAUCUAGAAGGACUCUGCACUUUGUAAAAUGGUGGCCAGGACAACUUGAAAAUGCUCGAAUUAUGGCAUUAUGGAGGGCAGCUCUAUACAGUGAUUAAAUAAAAGUCCUCCUUGGGAGUGAUAUACUUGAUACCUUGGAAGACCAUUCGGGGGGAUUUCUGGAAUAACUGUGGACCUAAACAUGAACCUCUACUUUCAGAAACAUCCCAAAAAGACUACAUGGACACAAAAUGUGUGAAUUAAAAAAUGUUUUUCAGUGAA